UUCUUUAUCAUCUUCGUCUAUCAUGCAUGUGAAAGGUUCGGACCGAAAGUGGCAAAAGAAAUUGAGAUCUCACCAAUACCAAUGCACAUGCAGCUGGCCUAUUUUCCUUUAUUUAUUUAUAGAAAAUUAGAAACCAAAUGGAAGAUUCCACGAUUCAUCACCCAUGUGUAAACCUAUGCGUUAAAUUCAAGAAAGUAUGCGUAAUAUUUUUUUUAUAGUUGCAGUAAUAGAGUACUAUCCCAGUUCCCCAUUUCCUGGAUCUUCAAGAAAAUCCCACAUUUUCUUGAAAAAUAAGAUCGCAUUUGUAUUUCGUGGUGGAGAUUAUGAGGGAAGGGAGGUCUUUAGAGGAAACUCCAACAUGGUCUGUUGCCACAGUCACUACUGUAAUGGUUUUUGUAUGUUUAUCCGUUGAAAGAUCCAUUUACCGAUUUGGAAAGUGGUUGAAGAAGACAAAAAGAAAAGCUCUUUACGCUUCUCUGGAGAAGAUUAAGGAAGAGUUGAUGCUGCUUGGGCUUAUUUCUUUGUUACUGGGGCAAUGGGCAAGGUGGAUUUCUCAAAUUUGUGUGAAUUCCUCCCUCUUCAACAGUAGAUUCUUCGUUUGUUCCGAAGAAGACUAUGGUGUGAUGAAGAGAAUGUUGUCCACAGAAGGUUCUCACUUUUCAAACGAAACCGAUAUUCCUCCGAAAGGAAUUAACAAUGCAGCAUAUCAUGGGUGCGGUGAGGGUCGUGAACCUUUUGUUUCUGCUGAAGGUCUUGAACAACUUCACCGCUUCUUGUUUGUUCUGGGAUUUACUCAUGUUCUGUAUAGUUGUUUAACCGUUGCCUUAUCUAUGAGCAAGAUAUACAGCUGGAGGAAGUGGGAAACUCAAGUGAUGUUUGUGGCUGAUGGGAAUGCCCAAGCAAUGAACAGAGUGAUGAGGCGGCAAUCAACCUUUGCGUUGCAUCAUGCAUCACAUCCAUGGAAUAGGAACCGUGUUCUGAUCUGGAUGCUUUGCUUUGUGAAACAAUUUAGGCAUUCAGUACGGAAGUCAGAUUAUUUGGCAUUGCGAUUGGGUUUCAUCACUAAUCACAAAUUGCCUCUGUCCUAUAAUUUUCAUAAAUAUAUGGUGCGCAGUAUGGAAGAUGAAUUCUAUGGAAUUGUCGGGAUCAGCUGGUCGCUUUGGAGUUAUGCCAUACUAUGCAUCGUCGUAAACAUUCACGGUCUUAAUAUUUACUUUUGGCUGUCAUUUAUACCCGCCAUUCUUGUCAUGUUGGUGGGGACGAAACUCCAGCAUGUUGUCUCCUUGUUAGCACUCGAAAUUGUUGAACCACAAGGGCCUUCCAUUGGAGCUCAAGUAAAGCCACGUGACGAUCUUUUUUGGUUCGGGAAACCUGAAAUAUUACUGCGAUUGGUACAAUUCAUAUCAUUUCAGAAUGCUUUUGAGGUGGCAACAUUCAUCUGGUCCUUGUGGGGAUUCAAGCAUCACUCAUGUUUGAUGAAAAAUCAUGCAAUGAUCGUCGUUCGACUGAGUUGUGGGGUUAUUGUUCAAUUCUGGUGUAGUUAUAGUAUUGUUCCUCUGAAUGUAAUCAUCACACAGAUGGGAUCACGUUGUAAGAAAGCCUUGAUUGCUGAAAGUGUCCGAGAGUCGCUACACAGUUGGUGUAAGAGAGUAAAGGAAAGGUCCAAAACUACUAAUUCAAUUACUACAAGAUCCACGUGUUCUCUUGAAUCAACAAUAGACGAGGGGGAUGAGAUUGUUACUGUUGCAUCUGGUACAUUAUCUCCGUGUUCUUCAUCAAACUCAUUAACUGACCUUGAAACGAUUGAGUUACCAAAUGGACAUCAAGAAUGCAGUGUUGAAAAUUCAAUUCCAAUUGAACAUGCAUUUUCCUUUAGAGAUAUGCAAUGUUCAUCUGAACAACUGGCAAAUAUUGAAGAUAACAAUGUGAAUGUCAUAGACGAGGACAAGACUAAGACACUUCUUGAGUUGCUUCAGAAGACAUGAAUUAUUCAUAUAUUUGUCUUCUUUCCAUCUUUUCAUCAGUGUACAUAGAACAUUUAACAUUAAAUAGAUUCGAAAAUUGAUUGUUCUGAAGGUUAAGGUGUUCAUCUAUGCAACCUGGGAUUCAAUCAGCUCUAUAUGACAGUGCUUAUCCAUAUUCAAAUGAAAAGGAAAAUUUAUU